AUGACCGACCUCACCUACAUCAAAGCGUUCCUCCUGCUACCUCAGUCUUCAAAUAUCACUACUCAUUUCACUCUAGAGACACCCUACGGCUUAAUAGUUGAGUUGAAAACAGGCGAAAAGCUCAGCGUACGUCUCAAAGAGAAUCCCACGGCCACCAAUUCACAGGAUACGCCGGACUGUGCGCUCAAAAUCCAGCCUGGCACGCAUCUAACAGGCUCACCUGAAUCUCACCGAGAGCCAACCCCUACAGUGGACACCGCCUCAGAUCGCCAGUCUUCUAACAUGGGAUACGGGUACGCCAUAUUCACGGACUGGGGGACUUCAGGCUUGUGGUACGAUUCAAACUGGCCCGGGAACGACCCCGAAAUCGACUUUCACAUCGACCUUGAAGAUCUCGAAGACCGGUACCCUGCUGCUUGGCUCCAGGCCUUUGCACGUUGGAUAGAACAGUAUGAUGACUCGUUCGUGGCGGGAGAAUGCCACCUCAGCUCUUUUGGUGUACUCUUCCCUGACUUGGAGGAGCGGCAGGCAUGGCUUGUGGAAGGUGCGCUACUGGCGGCUUGGUUGGCUUUGCAGAGCGACGUCGGCCAUGUCAGUUAUCAUCCUAUUGGCCGUAAUUGGGAACUUGAACGCGGAGGUGUGGCAGCGUCUCUGGCCGAGAUUGUUAGGAACGUGAUGGAUGACUCGAGCAUUGAUUCAGAGUCAGAGCAGGGAGGAGAUUAG